GCGUGUAAAACGUGAUCUCAACAUGGAAACGGAUAAGAUCAUCGACGACGAAAAUACAAAUCUUCAGGUGCGCAGUGUAUCACUAUUUUUCACCCGAAACCCACCGCCAUCUUAUGUUUCCUUGUGACGAAAGGAGCUGAUUUCCAAUGACGAUUCUCUAUGAUCCCACUCGUAAGAAAGAACCUUCUAUGGGUGUAUCGCCACAGUAUGGGCAAGAAAGAGAAAUUUGUAUGAAAUUAUUUGAGAAGUGGAGUGAACCAGAACAAGUUCACUUUGUUGAACAAUUAUUAGCACGUAUGUGUCAUUAUCAACAUGGACACAUCAAUGCGUAUCUGAAGCCAAUGCUUCAAAGAGAUUUUAUUUCUCUUUUACCAAAAAAAGGAUUAGAUCAUGUGGCAGAGAGUAUUCUUUCAUAUUUGGACGCCGAAUCAUUGACAGCUGCAGAAUUAGUUUGCAAAGAAUGGUAUAGAGUUAUCAGCGAAGGAAUGCUUUGGAAGAAAUUAAUUGAACGUAAAGUCAGGACGGAUUCGGUUUGGAGAGGCCUAGCAGAAAGGAGAGGAUGGAUACAAUAUCUGUUUAAACCUCGACCAGGAGAGAGUCAUCCGAAUCAUAACUUUUACAGAAAUCUUUAUCCCAAGAUUGUUAAAGAUAUUGAUAGUAUAGAUAAUAAUUGGAGAAUGGGUAGAUUUAACCUUCAAAGAAUAAACUGCAGAAGUGAAAAUUCAAAGGGUGUUUAUUGUCUACAAUAUGAUGACCAAAAAAUAGUCUCUGGAUUAAGAGAUAAUACGAUUAAAAUUUGGGACAGAAAUACAUUACAAUGCAUUAAGGUGUUGACUGGUCAUACAGGUUCUGUCCUAUGUUUACAAUAUGAUGACAAAGCCAUAAUAUCAGGCUCUUCGGAUAGUACAGUAAGAGUAUGGGAUGCGACAACAGGUGAGAUGGUUAGUACGUUGAUACAUCAUUGCGAAGCUGUAUUACAUCUCAGAUUUAAUAAUGGUAUGAUGGUCACUUGCUCGAAGGAUCGUUCAAUAGCAGUUUGGGAUAUGACAUCACAGAAGGAAAUUGCAUUGAGAAGAGUACUUGUGGGUCAUAGAGCAGCAGUGAAUGUAGUUGAUUUUGAUGAAAAAUAUAUCGUUUCUGCUAGUGGUGAUAGGACUAUUAAAGUAUGGAAUACGUCCACCUGCGAGUUUGUACGAACGUUAAAUGGACAUAAACGGGGUAUAGCGUGUUUGCAAUAUAGGGAUCGCUUAGUCGUGAGUGGCAGCAGUGACAACACUAUUAGACUGUGGGACAUUGAAUGUGGAGCAUGUUUACGUGUUUUAGAAGGUCAUGAAGAACUGGUCAGAUGUAUACGAUUUGACAGUAAACAUAUUGUUAGUGGAGCAUAUGAUGGAAAAAUUAAAGUAUGGGAUUUGGUAGCUGCAUUAGAUCCGCGUGCACUUGCAAACACUUUAUGUCUGCGUACAUUAGUGGAACAUACUGGGCGUGUAUUUCGUCUUCAAUUCGACGAAUUCCAAAUAGUAUCAUCAUCACAUGAUGACACGAUACUAAUUUGGGAUUUCCUUAAUUUUAAUCCAUCAAAUGGAUCUGUAUCUAGCGGUCCAGCACCAAUCAAUGCUUUAGCUGCCAAUCAAUCUGGUACCAGAUCUCCUUCUCCAUUUGAGUGACUCAUCAACAGGAAGAUUCCUUUAUUGUGAUAUAAUUACAAGUGGUUAGUGAGUGAAUUGAUUGUGUUCACGAUAGUGUACACAAACAUGAAGAAUAAGUGUCCAGUGUGAACAGCGCCUAAACAGACAUAAACAUCCUAAAACUCUUAAUCAUGGACUUUGGUUUGUUAUUUGCAGUGAAACGCGAAAGAAAUUCCCUUGAGAUAGGAGAUAUGUACUGACUUAUAUAAAAAUAUUAAUUAAUUUAUAUGCGCUUGAGGCACACACACUGCGUUUAGUAAUGAACAGUAUAUUAAAACCAUAUAAAUACAUCCCAUGGAUUUGCCGUCUGCUAUGGCCAUAUCUGGAUUUCUUCUACGCUCUAUGAUACGAUAGAAGUUGACCAUUUUACUACUAUGAAAAAGACUUGAAACACGCAACAAAAUGAAAACGUUUUAGGGAGGCUGGAUACACUUAAUAAGAUAUUAGAUGUAUUAUAGUAAAUUAAUGAUUUUUUUAUAUAAUUAAUUUAUGCUAAGAAAAUUGUAAACUGUUGUCUGAUCGGGAUACUUAUUUUGUGUGAAUGUGAAAAUGCAACUUCAUAAAACAAUUAUGACAAUUAUCAUGUUUCAUCACUUUCAAAGGUAGCUAAGGUGGAUCGCUAUAUCAUGUUAAGUAGCAUUGAUAUAAAAUCAAGAAUUAAAUGUAUAGAGAGAUUAUUCUUUUUUUCUUUUUUUCUGUUUUUUCUUCUUUUUUUUUGUAGAUACUAUUAUUUAGCAAUAUUCAUUUUACGUCAAAAUGGGUAAAAGUCAACUAUUUCCGCGUUGCCACAUGGCAAAAUGUUAUUUGCAUUUAAAAUAUUACGUUCGAUAUAUACACAGAGAGAUGUAAAUAUUCAUGCAGACAAUGUAGUAUCUCUAAAACAAUUGUAGUUGCUAUAAAAAGUUACUGUAACUUGAUUAUUGAUCUCGGAUAGAGCAUAAUUUUUAUGUUGUGUGUUUAAUGUGUACUAAUGAUAUUUCUUUGGAUUAAACAUUGAGGUUAUUUUAUCAAUUUAAAAAUUUCUCUAAAGCAGUAUCGCUCUUAAAUGAAAUUUUAUGUUUAUGUCCAAUGUCGAAUAGAUGAUUUUUGUUAUAAUGAUCAAUAGAAAUACAAUAUUGCGUAUAGACAUUUACAUAUGAUCUUAUUAAGCCAUAAAAAGAAAAUUAUUUGUUUUCCAGGUUGUCAUAAAAUGUAAUAAUGUAUUUUAGUAUGUAAUUCCACACAGCAGAGAUGAGAUAUUUUGAUCCUGUUGUAAUUUUUAUAAUGUUCCAAAAAAAUAACCGAAGCUUAUUAUACGUAUGUAAUUUCUGAUAUUAACUCAAUACAUGAUUUUGGAUUUUGCAUCGUAUAUUACAAGUGUGUGUGUGUGUGUGUGUGUGUGUGCGCGCGUAUGUAUGUGUAUAUAUAUAAACACGCGCGCACACAAACAUACACACACACUCAUCAAGUAUUAAUGAAAAAUAUUAAACGGAUACAUACGAUAUUUUCGCGAAUAAUAGCUCUUACCGUGCAAAAGUAACAGCAUGUAGCCAAAUUGGGUACAAAAAAUUGUGAUGUUAAAGCUAGGAAUGAUAAUAUGAGAAACUUUCUAUAUAUAACCGUAAGUAUAUACGGGGAUAUGUAUAUACGGGGGUAACAGUGUAAAAUUAUACUUUUAUAAGUAUUUAAUGCAUUCAAAAUUUUUGUGAAAUGUAAAUUGUAGAGAUAUUAUAGAACGAAAUUCUUAUAAAUUAUUAACAUAUUCUUCGUGUGCACAUACCCAAUUAUAUUACAGUUUUGCUGUCUAUGAAUGCACAUAUGUAGAUUUUAUGAAAAACCAUAAACUACGUUUUCCUGCUAAGUGGUACAAGUGUAUCUUUUACUUAGAUUGGGGUCUUAAACCAUUCAAUGAAUAAAGUCAUUAUUAUUAACUAAGAAUAUAAAGUCCUUUAAUAAAUUGUUUUCAGAUGAAACUUAUUAAGCAAUAUUAUUAAGGAUACUUCAUAUAGAGCCAAAUAUUUCUUAGACAAUAUAUAAGGCAUUGUAGUAGUAAUAUAAGGCAUUACAUUUUUUUUUAUUUACUCUUUAAAAUCAUUGCACUUAGUAAUAUGGCUUGAUCAUAACUUACAUAUUUAUAGGCAAUGGAGGUAAAGAUGUUGAAGUAUCUAUAAGAAAAAACAUUGUGAUGCUUACUAUUAAUAUUAACAUGAAAUUUCAUGUAUGCAGAUUUAAUUAAGUGAAAAUGAAAUGAAGGCUGUGCAAAAGCUAUAUUCAAAAUAUAAUACCUACACAACUGGA